AUGUUCGAGCCUAUGUUAGAGACAAUUAGCGGCUGGCUCACCCACGUCGCGGAGUCUGUGCUCUCAUUGCAAGAGCCAAAUGAGCCUUUGCAGUCGCAAGAGACAUUGACAAAAGAGGGCAUGGAGGGACUGCUGUCCUCCUUGAAGUUUCCAUUGUCGUAUGGACAUCAGGAGUUCAAGGAACAUUGGCCCCACACGCCCCAUGAAGCCAAGCUGGUGAUCCAAAGCCUGCAUGACCUGGCGCGUGCAUUGUUUGGAGCCAGGGAGGAUGAUGCAGUCGUGGCAUCUUUCUUGGAGAAGAGGGGAUUGAGUCUUCUAGUAGAAGCACUGCUCGCGAAGUCAACUCCCGAGAUCAUCCGCGCACAGGCGUGGCAGUCGCUGUGCCUAAUCCUGCUGAAUGUGGAGGAGGAUGUCUUCCAACGGUUGAUCAUUGGGCGCGAGCUGGAUGUGUUGUGGUCUGGCGAGCCAGAUCUUCGAAUUGAGGAGAAUCGGAUGAACUUCGUCUCUUGUCUCAAAACAGUCAGCAUGCGAAUAGACGUGGAGACGCUGCCGUUCCUCAUGACAGACAGCGACAUCCCGAUCCUCAGAGUGGCGAUGGCCUACACGGCCCAUGAAGAGGCCCUGCUCCGCACCCAGGCGCGCAACGCCAUGUUGACACUUUUUUCGAAGAUGAAGAUGGGCGAGGAACAGCUGUUGCGGACUGCCUUGGAAAUGGCAAAGUCCAGGUUGCCGACCCCUUUGUGCACUUUGCUGUGGCAGAAUUGGGCAAACAUGGCACAAGCAGCCAAAAACAGGAAUGCUCCGGCUUUGCAAAAAUGGGCAUUCCGUGAAGAGGACCUUUGGGACCAUCUGGCCGAACUGAUCAAGCUUGACAUCACAGACGUCACACAGAUGGUCUGUGGUGUUAUAGUGGGAAGUCUGGUCUGGAAACUCGGAUCCCUGACUCCCACAGAUGUGGGAGUGAACCACUGGAGCGCUCCCUUUGUGAACAGCGACGAUUUCGACUCAGAGCCGAUGAUGGCCGUUCCGCCUCCAGGGGCGUGGAAUCUGUCGCCGAAGUCCCACACAGAAUCAACGGCCUCGCUGUCGGCGGACCAGUCUUCGCUGGAGGAGUGUGCAAGCUUUACUGCGUGUGGGCUUGGAACCGCCAUGAAGGUUGCGGAGACGUUCGCCAUAGAUAUGGCAUCCAGUGAGCAUUGCGCCGCCAUGGCUCUGAGAACCCUGGCAACCUACGCGGGAACUCUUCGACACGCAGGCAUUGCUUGUGCGCUCAUGCCACUUGUGGAGCUAAUCCUUUUGCCAUCCAUUCCUUCUGGCUCGAUUCGUGCCAUGGCAGACCUCGAUGCGGGCUGCAUCACUGAGGACUUGCUCGCCCUGACCGAGCACUUUGUUGCUGGUGCCAUGGAAGAUUCCAAAUUUGUUGCCAGGAACCAUGAAGAUGGCACGCCGCCAACGCACGAAGAGGAGGAAGCAAUGAAGAAAAACCGCGUGGAGUACUGGCAAGGGAUGCUGCAUGGUGCACAUUCGAUGGUGCCAGGGCGAGACACGGUGCCCAAUCCUUUUCGGGCCGCAAUUCUGGCAAAGAUGGGCUUUAGCAGAGAUGGUAUUCUGCCUGCACAGGCUCUCAGUGGGCAAACCUCCAAUCCGCCCAUGUAUCCAGACUUGCUGGAGCACACAAAGCUCUUGGCACACUCCGCACCGGUUGAUCCGGUCAUCGAAGAACCCACACAGCUUCCAGCUUCCGAAACAGUGCCUGGCACUUUCGCCGAAGCGUUUGCCUGGUGGGAGGCAAUGGCUGCAGCUUCGUGUCAUUGUAA